AUUUUCAUUGUGACGAGUGGAGAAAGAAGGGAGGUUUAGGGUGAGUGGUUAUCGCGUGACUUUCAUUGGCCGCCGAUGCCCAUGGCUUCUUCCUCAUCCACUCCCAAUUCGAAGAAGGUAUUAGGGUUUAUGGCGAACGCCAUGAAACAGAAGCACAGCUUUAUUCAAUUAUUCGCAAUGACGGGAAUUAUGCUCUUGAGCAUGAGAUCUUUGGGCCAGAAGUACCGAAUCCAUGGCCUUGAAGAAGACAUUCACGCGCUCAGGUUGGAGCACGGUUCACUCGUUGACCGCGUUAAACACAUCAAGAGCGACCUGCUCCGCGAAGCUUCUCAUGACCCCACCGGCCUCUUCGCUGCUCGCCUUCGAGCUCUCUUUAGCCAACAAUAUUGAUCUUCACCCCUCCCUGUGAGUUUUUUUUUUCUACUGCUUUUAUGUUUCUCAUUCUCCGAAGAAAUCAUUGUUAACUUUUAGAAACUGUAUUUUUUUAAUGCUUCAUAAGUUGUUAUAGUU